UAUAUCUUGGUGCAGGAAUGCUUGUCACCUACUCUUUUUAGUUUUUCACUCUCUCUAUACUUCCUAAGAACAAAGGGCGAGAAGUCUAUCAUCACACAGAGCACCUAGAGAGAGAAAGUAGAGAUAAAAAACGCAUAACAUUUUCUGGGUUUGUGUUUGUUUUUGGUUCUGUGUAAUGGAAAAACACAAGUGCAAGCUCUGCUACAAGAGCUUCGCUAAUGGUAGAGCUUUGGGUGGGCACAUGAGAUCUCACAUGUUGAAUCUGUAUGUUCCUCCUAAAACAGAGCAACCCAUUGAUCAUAAUCAUCAACUCGGCGAAGAGACCGAGUCAGCUCCAUCGUCAUCAUCUUCUUCAUCGGAAGAAGAAAACGAAGACAAAGGAUUGGGUUAUGGUUUGAGAGAGAAUCCAAAGAAGAGCAUUCGAUUGGUAGAUCCUGAGUUCUCUUUUGCAGUUGAUGCUGGGUCUGUUGUUCUUCAAGACAGAGAGAGCGAGACCGAGUCAUCCAAGAACCCAAUUCACAGAAGAUCGAAACGGAUUCGAAAAUUUUCAAUCACAGAACACCACGAUCAAAAAGGUCCAGAAUUGAAGAUGGUCAAAUUGGGAAAACUGGGUGGGACUGAGUCGGAACCGGUGAGUUCAAUCUCUGAUACAACCCCAGAAGAAGAUGUUGCAUACUGUUUGAUGAUGCUGUCGAGGGACAAAUGGAUGAGAGAAGAAAACGAAGGGGACCCACAAGAAGCAGAGCAAGAGAAAUACAUAGUUGAUGAUGAAGAAGAAGAAGAUAACGAGAGCGAAGAGUCUGAUGAAUUGAAGUACAGCAAAGCUCGUGCUCGAAAAAAGUACAAAUGUGAGACUUGUAAGAAAGUGUUUCGAUCUUAUCAAGCACUUGGUGGGCACAGAGCGAGUCACAAGAAGAUCAAAUUCAACAAAAGCCUAACAACCCAUGAAUUGGGUGUGAUUCAGAACACAAAUGGAGGAGGCAAUUCAUCAAUGGCGGAGGAAAAAGUGCAUGAAUGUCCCGUUUGUUACAGAGUUUUCUCAUCUGGGCAAGCACUUGGUGGGCACAAGAGGUCACAUGUCACUGGUUCAGCACCAAUUACUACUACUACCACUAGUACUCAUCAUCUUCAACCUAGAGCUCCUGCUGCUAAAUUUGGUGAAAGCUUGAUAGAUCUUAAUCUUCCUGCUCCGAUUGAUGAUGAUGAGAUUAGCCAAAUCGAGCUCUCCGCGGUUUCUGAUGCUGAAUUUGUCAAUCCAAUCAAGCAAAGCAGGCAUUAAUUGAAUGGUUUCGAGACGAAGAAGAAAGAUUAUUGAUUCAGAGGUAAAAGAAUUUUUUGUUACUUUUUCAUAUCAAUAGAUCUAAGACCAUAUUACUAUUUUUUUGCCAAUCGGGUCAAAUGGGUUUUUCUCAGUUUUCUAUGUUAACAUAUUAUUGUCAUUCAUAAUCUGACUGUAAUUGGUUUCUUCUGAAUUAUGGUCUGUUACUGUGACAGCUUAUUUAGAACAUCCAUUGAUUAAUAGAGGAACC